AAGACAUAUCGCGGCAUGGACACAUUAUACACUACGUUACCCAUAAUGCCCUUUUACGGUUACGUCAACUGCAACGUGACGUCGACUUUGUUUUUUCCCUCGUGGUGAGCUCCGUUGUUCACGUAGCGGAAGCAGGAGACUGAGGCAGACCAGGGAAGAUGGCAGAUGAGGAUUCGGGGCCCGAGGCAGCUCCCCCGGAGAGCCCUCAACCUGCCCGGCCUCACUACGUCUCCUUCUCCGAGAGUGUUCAACCUGCAGUAGGCAUGGUGAGCCAGUUGCUAACCCACCCUUCGUCCCUCAAAUUUGACAAAAAUAUCAAACAGGCCUUCUACAACACCGGGGCUAUGAUCUUUGUGGCAAUCUGUUGUGGAGCUGCUGUCCUGGUUUACUUUAUCCUGGAAGCGUUUCUCCGGCCGCUUCUAUGGGCAGUGCUCUGCGGGACUUUCCUCCACCCGUUCAAGCACUCCCUGGCCCGCCUCGGCCGCUCCUGGCUCAACAGUCUCCAAGAUACCGGGACGCCAAUAGUUGUUGGCACUCUGCUGGUGCCUGUGUGGUGCGUGAACCACGGGGUGGAGGCGUUGGGAUCCUUGGUCCUGGAGAGGCUCGUGGUGCUUAUGGUGCUCGGGGUGGGCGCGCCGCUUCUCUACCUGCUCUACCGGCUCUGGAGGCUGGUCGGCAUGCAGUUGAUCCUCGGGCAAGCGGGUGACAUCAUCGGUAGCGUGCUGGACUGCUUCCACGCCAUGUUGGUGUGUACAGUAGUGGUGGGGUACAUUUUAGCUGUGGUCUUCCUGUGGAGCCCCAGUACGAAGCGCAGCCUGAGGACUCUGUCUGUUCCUGUCUGGGCCAUCCUGCUCUUCUUCCUGGUGUCUCUAACUGGGUCAUGGAGAGUUCCCAUAUGUGUGGUGGUUGUCUCUCUUCUGAUAGUGGGUUCCCAAGAAAAACCACCGGUCCCGGGAAAAGGUGAGUUACCUGGUCAGGUGUUAUCGUUUGCUGCUAACACCAUCUACAUGGCCAUUUCCUGCAGCAACCUGCGCAUGAGCCCAGGGGCCAGCAGAUCUGCGCCCCCUACAGGGGGUGUGCCCCCCCCCAGCCCCCUCUCUUCCCGGGCCCCCAGACCUGAGGCCGGGGGGCUGUUCUACCGUGAGAAGAGCUCCCAGAGAGCCAGCGACAUCUACUUUGUCCUGCUGCUCUGGGCUGUCCUGCUGGUGCAGGUGUGGCUCAACCUGUGGAUCCUGCAGCUGCUACCCAUCCCUGUGGCUGUAUGGGUACUGAAGAAGAUAGUGGUGCGUUUUGGCCUGAAGGGAUUUGCUAAGCGGAGGCUGAUGUCAUGGUGGGAGGUGCUGCAGAGGUUCUGCUGGGAGCGACAGGAAGCCCUCCUACCUGGACCAAUCAAAGGCCUUGCUCAGUUCCUGCUCCGUGUCGACACCAAGAUGAUCGUGUGGCUGGAGCGCUCUCUGGAUAAACUCAUCAGCAUCUUCAUCAUCUUCCUGCUGGUCACAGGAACUCUACUGAUGGCUCUGCUGCUCACCGCUAUGGUCCACCAUGAAAGUGUCCAUAUUAUUGAGGUCACCAGUAACCUGAUCAAUGAGACGGUCUCCAACCACCCAGAAUGGGCCAACUUACUUCCGGAGGCGCAGGUGGUCCAGAAGGCUCUGAACUCAGCUGCCACCAAUGUCUACCAGCACGGACGAGAAUGGAUCACUAACAAGCUCCAUAAGAUGUUAGGGGAUAAGGUGAAUCACACAGCUGUCAUUGAGAAGCAGGUUCUAGAACUUUGGGACCGACUCUACCACUCCUGGUUCGUCAAGAACACUACCCAGACUGGGCGUCAGGGCCGGGGCCACAAGCUGACCCUGCAGAGGCAGAGCAGCUGGCUGGGAGACAUCCUAGACUGGCAGGAUGUUGCCUCCUUUGUACAGGAGAACAUCGAGACGUUGCUCUCUAUAAUGGAGUCUCUGUGGGUAGUGAUGAGUCGAAACGUUGGGCUGCUGUUUUCCACGACAACCACUCUCCUCACUGUCCUGUUCCACAGCGGCACGGCUCUGCUGAACUUUGUCCUGAGCCUUGUCAUCUUCCUGACCACCCUAUUCUACCUGCUGAGCUCCAGUGGAGAGAACUACAAGCCAGUCAAGUGGGUGAUCAGUCUCACCCCGCUGUCCCAGCCCGGAGCCUCCUCCAACAUUAUAGGCCAGUCUGUGGAGGAGGCCAUCAGAGGGGUGUUUGAUGCGUCUCUGAAGAUGGCUGGCUUCUAUGGCCUCUAUACCUGGCUCACACACACCAUCUUUGGCAUCAACAUAGUCUUCAUCCCUUCUGCUCUGGCUGCCAUCCUGGGGGCCGUGCCGUUCCUGGGGACCUACUGGGCGGCGCUACCUGCUGUCUGUGACCUGUGGUUGGCUCAGGGAGAGGGUGUAAGGGCUCUGCUGCUGCUGUUCUGCCAUCUGCUACCAACCUACUUUGUAGACACUGCCAUCUACUCCGACAUAUCAGGAGGUGGGCACCCCUACCUGACAGGCCUAGCUGUGGCUGGCGGAGCGUACUAUCUGGGUUUGGAGGGGGCCAUCAUCGGGCCCAUCCUGCUCUGCAUCCUGGUGGUGGCAGCCAACAUCUACAGUGCCAUGCUUAUGAGCCCCAGUUCUGCUCAGCCAACACCCGUCCAAGCAAGCUGGCCUGUGUAUCCCGCUAGGCCUUUCACUGACUCCACCCCCUCGGUGCUGAAGAGAGCGAGCGAUGAGUGAGAGGGGUGUUUCUGACUUCCCAUUGGUUGGUUUUCUAGGAGUAAACAGACCCAUCCCUGACAUCUCUGUGCUACAGGGUCUCCCUGAUGGGGGCACAGGGGCAGGAGCCAUGGUUACCCUGGAUGUCUUCUGUUUGCCAGCAGUGGAGUGCUCUGUGCCUCAGCUCAACUUCUAUGGGCCAACGCCCACAUUAGGCAUAAUGUUUGCUGUUGGGUGAUAUCAUUGAAUUCAGUGCCUCGAAAUCAUGGUAAAAUGUGUGGGUUAGGGUAUCUCUACAAAAUGCUCUGCAGACUAACUAGAGGGGAGGGGCUUAGCCCUGCUCCCUCUUUCUACCCAGAGGUCAAAGUUCAGACAGGUUGUUCAUCGUUAAGUGUUGCACUAGUUCUGUGCUCUUAUCUCAUCCAGCGGUGAUCAGGCCUGAUCCUAGAAGAGCCAUGUGCCAUGUUUCCAGUCCCAUCAGUCUGACUGUCCCAGGGCCUCCUUUAGAGCAGCCGAGCUCUCUGAGAUGGAGGCUGGGCUGGAACAUGGAGAAUGCUGUCCCUUGCAUCUCUCCAGGAUCUGGCUUGGUUGCUUCUGUUUUUAUGCUUGUUUUAUUCUUUAUCAAGUUUACUGUUAAAUGUAAAUAUCAUUGACAUUUAUGUGGUUUCUUAACUUGUUCUUUGAUGUGUUUCUGUGAUGUGUCAUGUUAAGCAGGUACCUCGCAUGGUGACUGGCUCUGUAUUCAGGCACUGCCUGCUCUGGGAGUCAGGACCUCUUGUGUGGAGUUUGGGCCCUGCAUAUCGGUUACCUCAGAUGAAUGUUUUGAUAAGGUUAGGAUUGAUAUUGGGCAUGGCCUGUUUAGUGCCCCUGUGUAUCUUUGAUCUAUCACUCAGACAUAUCGAUUUGUUACGUUGACUACACACAGCUCACUCAACACUUAUCAACUGCAUCACAUUCACACACACCAUGCUUAUUAUAAAACACUUACAAAUAUACAUUUGUAUACACCAGUCAAACUAUUUGUACUGAUAAAUAAUCUGUAAUCCACAUCCACAGCAAAAAUGGGUAAUGUGCUAGCCGCCUGAAGUGUAACAUUGGUUAUACUGUAAUCUAAUGAUAGAGACGUAGGGAGAUGUAUGAUUUGGGACUUUGCCAUUAACCCGAGACUUAUGUACUUUGUAAUGUAUCUUUGCUGUAUUUUCUACUGGAAAUGCACUGAGCUAAUAAAUAUUACAAUUUGAACUAA